UCUUCUUCUCUUCUAGAAAGACCAUGUAAACAACUGGAACUAGAAAAUGGCAGGGUUCAUUUCACGGAUCUCCGGUUUGGUGCAACAGCAAACUUCUCCUGUAAUGAAGGGUACAGAUUAAAUGGACCGACUUCUGCCCAAUGUGUGGUUGCGGGAAAUGGAGUUGAUUGGGAUAAGGAGCUUCCACUUUGCGAAGCAAUACUUUGUCUUCCACCUCCUGAUAUCACCCAUGGAUCCCAUACUGGUCAGAGUGAACAAGAGUUUUCCUUUGGCUCAGCGGUAACUUACAAAUGUGACAAGGGCUUCUCUCUUAUUGGAGAGGCCUCCAUUCAUUGUACAACGAAAGAUCAUGUCAAUGGAGAGUGGAGUAGGCCUGCCCCUGAAUGCAAAGCGAUUACUUGUUCUCCUCCUCCUAAUAUUGCCAAUGGGAUGCACAAUGGCAGCAACGUGGAAAUCUUUGACUGUAACUCAUCGGUAACUUACAAAUGUGAUGAUAAUUUCUCACUUACUGGAAAGGCCUCCAUUCACUGUACAACUAGAGAUAACAUCAAUGGAGUCUGGAAUGGGCCUGCCCCUGAAUGCAAAGUCAUAAUUACCCAGGACAAACCCACGACUGUCCCUCCCAAAGGACCAGAAGUAACUGGUACUUCCUCAGGUAAAUUGGAAAAACUUUCAUUUGCUAAAAGUCUAGAAUUUUGGGUUCAAAUUUCCACUUAAAUAAAAAUGAAAUGUACAAUG